AUGAUUAUGGUCAAAGUUCUUCUUGCGCCCACUCCGUCGCAAUGGUCCGUUGAUCCACCUUCGGAGCGGAUUCCAGUAGAAGAGGAUCCAAACUCUGCACCACAGGUUAUUUUCUCCCCCGAUAACCGGGAUGUCAAAUCCGCGUCGCACGUUGUCUCGAUCCCCGAUCCAACACCUUAUGUCUUCGUGCCGGAUCCAAACGAAAAGUACUUGGAUUCCACCGCGCAAAGCUAUGGCAUAGAUCCUUCCAUACCAAAGAAUGCGCCAAUAGCGCCACUCGCGAACAAUCAGGCGCCAAACAAGAAGAAAUGGAUCUGGAUAGUCGUCGCGGCAGUAGCGUUCGUGGUUAUUGUGAUCGCGGCGGUUGUGGGAGGAGUUGUUGGCAGUCGCAAUGCUCACAAGGACAGCGUUUCAAGUGAUACGACUGCGACUGCCAUAUCGUCAUCAUCCGUUCAAAACACGACCCGCAGCUCAUCCACAACUUCCACGUCGACAUCUACGAGUACCACACUCACCAACACCACAUCCACCAGUACCACCGCGAGUCCUACUGAGACAAACUUUGGGGCGACCAUCCACAUGUUCGCGAACGAUACCUGUGGUGGAACGGACGAUUCCUUCUCCGUCCUGAACUCCAACUCGCAGAAGUGCGUCGUUGUUCCGUCGAAUAAACGCUCGAUUCAAGUGAGCCAGAACGAUGGCUGCAACGUGGUCACCUGGAGUGGCAGCAACUGUGCCGGCAGUUCGUACAUAGUGCCAGACACGGACUGCCAUGCGGUUCUGUAUGCGGCCGUGUCUGUGGAUUGUUAA